AUGUCUGAGAAGGGAAACCACGAGCAAGCUCCCAAGGCGCUCGAGGAGUCGCCAAUUGAGAUUUCCAACAGCACUGCACGAACCUCAAUUGAUACGGCGGCAGAUCCUGAGGUGCAGCGGGAGAAUGUGCGUCACGCAAAUCCCCAUGGCUUCUCUUCCACAAGCACAGGUGUGGACGUGAAGGCCGCUGAGGAGGAGUUCGCGACACUGCAGAGGGAGUUGUCGGGCAUAAGCCAAACCAGCAGGCGACUUUCGAGAACACAAUCCAGGCAAUCGAGACAUUCAAAGAAGGGUGCAAGCGAAAAGGACGUCGAGCAGCUUGCGUCGGAGGAUUCGACCACUGAUGAGGAGCCGUUUGAUCUAGAGAGCACGCUGCGGGGGAAUCACCAUGCCGAGCAAGAAUCUGGUCUUCGACCUAAGCAUAUCGGCGUCAUUUGGGACAACCUCACAGUGUCGGGAACUGGAGGAGUAACCAACUUUGUCAGGACCUUCCCCGAUGCGUUCAUCAGCUUCUUCAAUGUCUUCGAAACAGCAAAGAACAUUUUUGGCGUGGGCAAGAAAGGCAGGGAGGUCAAUAUUUUAAAGGAUUUCCGGGGUAUCGUCCAGCCCGGAGAGAUGGUUCUCGUUCUUGGCCGUCCUGGGUCCGGUUGCACGACAUUCUUGAAAGUCAUUGCGAACCAGCGGUUUGGCUACACUGGCGUGAACGGAGAGGUCCUGUACGGUCCAUUCGAUGCAGAGACAUUCGCCAAACAAUAUCGAGGAGAAGCUGUGUAUAACCAGGAAGAUGAUGUGCAUCACCCCACUCUCACGGUUGGACAAACACUGGGUUUUGCAUUGGACACUAAGACUCCAGGAAAGCGUCCUCAGGGAAUGUCAAAAGCAGACUUCAAGGACAGAGUUAUCACAACUCUACUGAAGAUGUUCAACAUUGAGCAUACACGGAACACGAUUGUCGGUAACCCCUUCGUUCGUGGUGUAUCCGGAGGUGAGAGAAAGCGAGUUUCUAUUGCCGAAAUGAUGGUAACAGCAGGCACCGUUUGUGCUUGGGAUAACUCUACUCGCGGUCUAGACGCUUCGACUGCCUUGGACUAUGCCAAAUCUCUCCGCGUUAUGACCAAUAUUUACAAGACAACCACCUUCGUUUCAUUAUACCAAGCUUCGGAGAACAUUUACAAGCAAUUCGACAAAGUCCUGGUGAUUGAUGCUGGACGCCAAGUUUACUUCGGACCUGUAAGUGAAGCUCGAGCUUACUUUGAAGGUCUUGGAUUCAAGGAGAAGCCUCGUCAGACUUCGCCCGAUUUCUUGACCGGCUGCACAGAUCAAUUUGAGCGAGAAUAUGCUGAUGGGCGAUCAUCCGAGAAUGCUCCACACAGUCCUGAUACAUUGGCAGAGGCGUUCAACAAGUCAAAAUUUGCAACUGACCUCGGCAACGAAAUGGAGCAAUAUCGAAAGUCAAUCGCAGAGGACAAGCAAAGACAAGAAGAUUUCCUCACUGCUGUGCAUGACAGUAAGCGAAAGGGCGCAUCGAAAUCUGUCUACAGCAUUCCGUUCUACUUGCAAGUCUGGGCAUUGAUGCAACGUCAAUACCUCAUCAAGUGGCAAGACAAGUUCUCGUUGGUUGUCAGCUGGAUCACCUCCAUUGUUAUUGCUAUUGUUCUUGGAACUGUAUGGUUGAACUUGCCAAAGACUUCUGCAGGUGCCUUUACUCGUGGUGGUCUUCUCUUCAUCAGUUUGCUCUUCAAUGCCUUUCAGGCUUUCUCCGAACUCGCAAGCACCAUGAUAGGUCGCCCAAUCGUAAACAAGCACAAAGCGUACACUUUCCACCGACCUUCGGCCCUGUGGAUAGCUCAGAUCUUGGUCGAUCUGCUCUUCUCCGCAACUCAAAUUCUGGUGUUCUCAAUUAUUGUCUACUUCAUGUGCGGUCUGGUUCGAGAUGCUGGCGCAUUCUUCACUUUCUAUAUCGUUAUCGUUAGUGGUUACUUAUCCAUGACCCUUUUUUUCCGCACGGUGGGUUGUCUAUGCCCCGAUUUCGAUUACGCCAUCAAGUUUGCAGCAACCAUCAUUACUCUUUUCGUUAUUACUUCUGGAUACAUCAUCCAAUAUCAGUCCGAGAAGGUUUGGAUUCGAUGGAUCUACUGGAUUAAUGCUCUUGGUCUUGGGUUUUCUGCUUUGAUGGAGAACGAGUUCAGCCGGCUCACACUCACUUGCACUGGAGAGUCUUUGAUUCCAUCGGGGCCUUCAUAUACCAAUAUCGACAAUCAAGUGUGUACCCUCGCGGGAAGUGUCGCCGGAACGGAUCAAGUCUCUGGCUCUGCGUACAUCACUGAUGGCUUCUCCUACCGACCAGAGGAGCUUUGGCGAAAUUUCGGAAUCAUCGUCGCUUUGAUCGUCUUUUUCUUGAUCACCAACAUGACAUUGGGAGAGUGGAUCACAUUCGGUGCGGGUGGGAAUGCUGCUAAAGUCUUUCAGAAGCCCAACAAGGAGAGAGAUGAGCUUAAUGCAGCUCUUAUCGCUAAGCGUGACGAGCGAAGAGCAGCUAAGGGUAAUGGUGUCCAAGGUUCAGAGAUUAAUAUCACAUCCAAGGCAGUUCUCACUUGGGAGGGCCUAAACUACGACGUUCCGACUCCGGCUGGACAACUCCGUCUUCUCACCAAUGUUUAUGGUUACGUUAAACCUGGAGAGCUUACUGCUCUCAUGGGAGCAAGUGGAGCUGGAAAGACCACCCUUCUCGAUGUUCUGGCUGCACGUAAGAACAUUGGUGUUAUCUCUGGUGAUAUCCUUGUCGAUGGUAUUGCUCCCGGCAAUGCUUUCCAGCGAGGAACUUCCUAUGCCGAGCAACUUGACGUCCACGAAGCUACCCAGACCGUUCGUGAAGCCUUGAGAUUCUCAGCUGAUCUUCGCCAACCUUUCGAGGUGCCACAAUCGGAGAAAUAUGCUUACGUUGAGGAAAUUCUCAGUCUUUUGGAAAUGGAGGAUAUGGCUGAUGCGAUCAUUGGAGAUCCUGAAUCUGGUUUGGCUGUGGAACAGCGAAAGCGUGUCACUAUUGGUGUCGAGUUGGCUGCUAAGCCCGAACUCCUUCUCUUCUUGGAUGAACCUACAUCUGGUCUUGACUCCCAGUCCGCAUUCAACAUCGUCAGAUUCUUGAGAAAGCUUGCAAGCGCUGGACAAGCCAUCCUCUGCACCAUCCAUCAACCUAACGCUGCACUGUUCGAGAACUUUGAUCGUCUGUUGCUUCUUCAAAGAGGUGGACAAACUGUAUACUUUGGCGACAUCGGAAAAGAUGCCUGUGUUCUGAUUGAUUACUUGCACAAACACGGUGCUGACUGUCCUCCGGACGCCAACCCUGCCGAGUAUAUGCUUGACGCCAUAGGAGCUGGACAAGCUGCCCGAGUCGGUGACAGGGACUGGGCUGAGAUCUUUGCCGAAUCCCCAGAACUUGCCAACAUCAAAGAUAAGAUCUCACAAAUGAAGACGGAACGACUUGCGGAUGUCGCCUCACAUGUCAAGAAAGAUGAGCGAGAAUUCGCAACGCCGCUCAUGCACCAACUUAAGGUCGUCCAGAAGCGAACCAACCUAGCAUUCUGGCGCUCACCCAACUAUGGCUUCACGCGUCUCUUCAACCAUGUUAUCAUUGCUCUGCUCACUGGUCUCGCCUAUCUCAACCUCGAUGAUUCCCGCCAAUCUCUACAGUACAGAGUCUUCGUCAUCUUCCAAGUCACUGUCCUUCCCGCUCUGAUUCUCGCACAAGUCGAGCCGAAGUACGCCUUGUCUCGAAUGAUUUUUUUUAGGGAGAGUUCUUCAAAGAUGUAUUCCCAGUUCGCUUUCGCUUCCUCCCUGGUCGUGGCAGAGAUGCCUUACUCCAUCCUCUGCGCCGUGGGAUUUUUCUUGCCCAUCUACUACAUGCCAGGCUUUCAAUCUGCUAGCUCGCGCGCCGGUUACCAAUUCUUCAUGGUCCUCGUCACCGAGCUCUUCUCCGUCACCCUCGGUCAGAUGGUAGCGGCCAUCACACCCAGUCCCUUCAUUUCUGCGCUUCUUAACCCCUUCAUCAUCAUCACCUUCGCCCUAUUCUGUGGUGUCACAAUACCCAAGCCCCAAAUUCCUAAAUUCUGGCGCGCCUGGCUCUACCAGCUCGACCCGUUCACACGCCUGAUCGGCGGCAUGGUGGUGACUGAACUGCACGGCCGAGAAGUAACUUGCACCUCUUCAGAACUCCAACGCUUCUCUGCGCCCGGCGGCCAGAACUGCGGAGAGUACAUGACCGAUUUCUUCCAGGCUGGCGGGCCGGGUUAUAUUGUCAGCAAUGUGACCAGCGCUUGCGAAUACUGCGCUUUCAAGGUCGGCGAUCAGUUUUACUCUGGUCUUGGAUUUGACUUUAGUAACCGCUGGAGAGAUCUUGGGAUCUUGAUUGCUUUUAUUGGCAGUAACUUGGUUUUCCUGUUCCUUGGUUCAAGAUACCUCAACUUCAAUCGCAGAUAA